UAAUAUAUUAUCUAAUAACAUAUUUUUAUUGAGCGGCAUUAUCUUAGCAACGUUGUAUUGUUACGACUGAAGGAAAAAAUACAAACACAUUUUUUUAUUUCUAUCUACGCGUAAUAUUCGAAGUUCGAGAAAAUUACGAGUAGAAAAUCAGUUAAAUAGAUAAUCAAACAAAAUUUGACCGUAUAUAAACUCACCCCAAAACCACAAACACUAUUAUAAACACGAACGAAGCGAUGAACAAAAAAGAUGUAGAUGUGUGCAUAUCAGCUGAAUGUUGUUGCAAAUUGAUAAUGAAAUGUCCUGAAAAACCGGCCCCGGGGGCAGCUGUGAAACCACGCAAUCCUUUCGGCGAACGUGCGAAAAACCCCGAUAUGAGUCUAUGCGAUUUCUUAAAAUCGCAGCCCUUCGCGGACUGGAUAAAAUCCCUGCAGGAUAAUCGUUCCGGGGCGAAAAAUCCAAAAGACAGGCCGCGUGGCCCGGUAAGGCCGGUUGUGGCACCAGCUCCGGUAAGUCGUAUUUGUGAACAGCCGCCACCCGCCGACCGCGGAGCGAAACAACCUCAGAACCAUCACCAGGAUAUUAAGCAGAAUCCGGUCCAACCCGCGGUCCAAGAAGAUCGUAAUAUGUCGCAGAUCAUCAUCAACAUCGGGACGAUAAUAACUAAUGGAGUCUGCAAGCGGGACUCAUGUCAGCAAACUGAUUCGGAAGUCCAGAUCUCCGUCAGUCCACCGGCUAAAUGUCCGACCUCUGCUUGUCCUCCGGUCGAGCGCCCGACCUCCAUCUGUCCACCGGAAGAAAAACCGACCACUGCCUGUCCACCGGCAGAAAAAUCGGCCACUGUCUGUCCACCGGCAGAAAAACCAACUACUGCCUGUCCACCGGCAGAAAAACCAACUACUACCCGUCCACCGGCAGAAAAACCAACUACUGCCUGUCCACCGAUUGAACGUCCGACGUCCAUAUGUCCACCGGCUGAAAAACGGACUUCUGUCUGUUCACCUGCUGAACGUCCAACUGCCGUCAUUCUCCCUAAAGUCCGUUCACCCGCGGCUGGAUCUAUUCCGGUGUCACGGGACCGUUCCUGUCGAUACCAGGGCAACACACCAUCUGCUAUGCCGAGCACAGAUCCGAAAUCCUGUCCCGAGCCCAAAAUUAAGUUUAAGGUAAACUGUUGUUGUACCUGUCACUUGGACUAGCCUACCAUAGAAUAAAUUACGGCCAAUAAAAUUAUACGUUAUUAAGCAAUUUGUAAAACAGUUUCAAAAAUGUACAGACAGUAUUCCUAUCUGAUGUAUCGGUGAUCCUCAAGUCCGAAGAUAAGUGAAGAAACAUUAUAACUAUAUACCUAGUCAAAUUUUAUUAUAAUAUAUUCGAUUUUUUAGCACA